GAGGCGGCGGAGCGCGCAUGCGCCUGUGGGAGGUGAGCGCCGUGCCCGGGGGCGGGAGAGGGGGGAUGUGCGGGGGGGGAGCGCGUCCUUCCCGCCGUUGCUGGCAGGGCGGGCGCGUGGCGAGGCGGUGGUUGCCUCUCGGGGUGGGGGCUGUAAGGCCUCUCCGGUUGCGUCUCGCGGGGCUGUGCUCAGCGCAGCUCAGGGGCGCUCGGUUUGCCUCCCAAGUGGAUAAUAAUGUGAACACUAAGACCCAGAAUACAAAAGUGGUUACUCUCAUCGAUACGACUUUUAGUAAAGCCUUGUCCACAGUCAGAACAGAAAUAGAACACAGAGAACCAUUUCCACUCCCUGAAGAGUGCAAAGCCUGGACAAGCAGCGUGCACUUCAGCAGCACUUACUGACAUUCCUGACUCAUCCGUCUGAGGGAAUCAACAAAAGGGCACUUCUUGACAUAAAGAGACUUCAAUCUGUCUAGGAGAAAUACUCCUAUAAAUUCCUGCAUCAGUAAUUCAAAUUGACUGCUGAGAUCAACAAAAAAGAAAUGAUAAAAUUUUUUCUUAUGGUCAACAAACAAGGUCAAACGAGGCUCUCCAGAUAUUAUGAGCACAUAGAAAUUCAUAAGCGGACAAUGUUGGAAGCUGAAGUAAUCAAACACUGUCUCUCUCGUUCAAAGGAUCAAUGCUCGUUCAUUGAGUAUAAGGACUUUAAGUUGGUAUACCGACAGUAUGCAGCCCUUUUCGUGGUCGUUGGAAUCAAUGAGACAGAGAACGAGAUGGCAGUAUAUGAACUAAUUCAUAAUUUCGUGGAGGUUCUGGACAAAUACUUCAGCAGAGUGAGUGAAUUAGAUAUCAUGUUCAAUUUGGAUAGAGUGCACAUCAUACUGGAUGAAAUGGUGCUAAAUGGCUGCAUUGUAGAAACAAACCCCAACAGAAUUCUUGCACCUCUGUUUGUACUUGACAAAGUGGCAGAGAGCUAGGAGGAUGCAAGACUGACUGAAGCAUUUAACAAAAGAUGGUGAAAUCCUCAAAAACAUACCAACAAGCGAUCUUCUGAUUUUGCAAGACCAACUCAUGCAAUAUUUAAAUCAGCUGAAAAAUAUUUCCUGCUUCUCCUGUACCCUGAAAGAGACAGAGAACCACAAAGUCGAACCUUUAUUUUCAGAUGCAACUUUCUAAGGACACAGCAGAAGCCUUUCUAGAACAGAAGAAACUUUCCUCAAGAAUUCUUUUUUCUUCCAAACAAACUAAGAAUAAAGCAAUGGAAACUUACCUGUGACUGUGUAGGUAUCGCUCUGAAUCGUGUAGCAUUCUGCCAGACCUAGAAAGACAGAAAAUACGGAAGAAUAAUUUCAAACCAACUUUCAGUGGCACCUUCUUAAAACAACUAUAUGAUUUUUUAUUUUCAUACAUAUGUACUGAAAGUUAGAGUUCAGUAACUUUUACACCCACCUUUAAACUAGAUUCAGCCUUAAUCAAAAAGCUGGUCGUCCUGACCUCAGAGAUCCUCUCAUUUUGGUUACAAAAUACAUGUAAAUAAUACAAGUGUAUAUGUAUGUAAGAUUCCUCCAUACUGUGUUAUGUUGUAACUAGAAGUUACACUUAAGUAUUAUAACAUUAAUAAACAAAUUAAAAUCAAAA